AUGAGGUUUCUUCUGCUCGUACAAGCGGCAUGUGCCCAGGUGGUGGUUGUCACAACUACUGCUACGGUGUAUCACACAGUGCAUGCUUCGCCGUCUGUCGUUGGUGUUUCUGGGUUUUUUAACCUGACUACUCCGACUUCCACAAUCCGCCAGAAUGCUUCCAAGGUCCAGACAUCCGCUUUUGCCGAGACAUCCAGCCUGAACUUGCUGGUUUCUUACCAAAGUCCAAUUAGCCCAGGCAUGGUGCCAGAAAUAUCUCUGGCGACAGAAAUACCGCUCUUCUUUGGACCCACUCUGUAUCUCACAGACAGAAAGCAUGAGUACCAGAGGCCUGGAAGGAUGUUAGAAAAGAGCAUGGAAGAUAAGGGAGAGGUUCAAGGUACGGCAGUUGAAGAGAUUGGAAAGCUUCUGGUGACCCUGAGUGGUGAUGAUGAAGAGGUUCCAACCACUCCAGCGAUUACGCCAGCAAUAAGUGCCCCAGAACCUUCUUCCACUGUUAGUACUGAGGCUUCCACAACCACAGAAACUAGAUCUGGGUACCACGAGGAGAAACGAAAGAUCCAAGAUGUGAUUGAGCGGUUAUUGGGAAGAGGUAGCCACAACCAGUCCAAGUCCGUUGAGACUGAGCCAACACCACCAACCUCCAUACCCAAGAAAACAAAAACUCAUACUGUUUUUGUGGAUGUCACAACGACGAUGACGGCAUUGGAGGGGUCGUUUUCGGAGAACAGGCUGGAUGUGGGAUCUGGUGGUACUAUUUCGCAGCCAUUGGUUAGCAGGGUCAGUACAACUGGUACAGAGGCGGUGACUACCUCAACUAAGGAGCACGAGGAUGGCGGUUUUGAAGCUGUUCAACCUCAGCUGUCUUUGAGUAUAGCUGGUACAUCACCAGGAUCGUUAGAAGUUACAACCACUCCCACCAAUGAGGAGAACCAGCCAGGCCACAAAAAGUUGGAAGGUGGUUCCAAAUCGAAGACUUCUGCAGCCACGGAAACAGCUUCAGCCUCGAAUUCUGGCCCAACCGUGGCCCCUUCAACGGCUACUCCAGAGGAAAUUGGACCCAGCUCUGCUGCUCUGGUUCACUCAAACAGCAGCCCAGAAAGGCCAAUCUCGCCAGAAGUCGAAAUCACGACUUUCACAAUUACCCAGACCGCCAUUGAAAGUCUGGCCAUGGAGACUCUGGCCACCUCGUUGGUUGUUGCACCUGGAGUUGAUGCAAGUGAGUCUGCCGAAAGCGAUCUUUUCAGAAUGCCCGUGGAGACUGAGACCCAAAAGCAGGCCAAAUCUUCAGAUUUAAGUUUUCACUCUGGCUUUCAAAACUCUGGAAUCGGCUCAAUUACCUUGUCUUCGCAAAGCCUGGUUCUCUCGUCCUCGUCCAAACCCACAGAACCAGUCAAGCCAAGCACCGCAAGCACCACCAAUGAAGUCACAAAAGAGCCAAUUUCAAGGAGUUCAGCGUCCUCAAUUUCCACAAUCAUUAAUAGCGGCGCUGCCUCGUUACCCCCUCCAUCCACCUACUCAACCACCAACUCCACAAACGGCUCCACCACCAACUCAACAAAACGACCCAUCAACUCCACAACCAACUCCACAACCAACUCCACAAGCACCUUCUCAAACUCCUUCCCAAUCUCCCCCAACGCCUCCACCCCCAACGCCUCAACCACCCCAUCCAAUUCUACGAAUGGUGCAACCACUACUCACCCAUCACGACCUUCCAACUCCACCAUCCCCGCCUCCGCUACAGCCCUAACCAAGAGAACCAUCCGCAUCACCACCCAGCAGACCAUCAUGAAGGAUGUGCCGCCGGUGGAAAACUACCCCAUGAGACAGUGGUCCAUAGAGAUCACCAUGUUGAACGAACAAGGCGAGGAGAUCACCGCCAGUAUACUAGAUAAGGUCACCUACACGUUGCACCCGACGUUUGCCAACCCGAUUAGAACGCUCAAGCAGGCGCCUUUCCGUGUGGAGGAGCAAGGCUGGGGUGAGUUCGACAUCCCCAUUGCCGUGCACUUGGUGGGACUUCCUGGCAAGCAAGGCGAACGCAAAUUCAGCCACGACUUGAAUUUCUUGCAGGAGACGUACACCGUGGACCACCAGAUACUGGUUCCUUUGAAGCUGGCGCAGUUGAACAAGCUAUUGGCGGAGCUGGGUCCGGUUCCUGCCGACGACGGCAAGCGUAAAAACGAGUCUGACUUGUCGUCGAAGCUGAAGAAAUUGAAGGGUGCCAACGGCGCCGCCACCAAGGGUGCUGUGGACUUGGAGAAACUCGCCAAUGGCCUCACCAAGUUGAGCGAGGACGACUUGAUUGUCAUUGUGCAGAUGGUCACCGACAACAGAACCAACGAGAUGAAUAUCAAGAACGACGUGGACAACGGCGAGUUCACCAUGGACUUGUUCACGUUGCCCGAGUCCUUGUUGAAGAGUUUGUGGGACUACGUGAAGAAGCACACUGGCGAGGCCUGA